AUGUCCGGCGUCCAGGAGCAGUUCGAGAUCAAGUUCCGGCUGCCGGACGGCACCGACAUCGGGCCCAGGCGCUUCCCGCCGGCGUCCACCGUCGCCACGCUCAAGGAGACCAUUAUCGCCCAGUGGCCCAAAGAUAAGGAGAAAGGUCCUAGGACUGUGAAUGAUCUCAAGCUUAUUAAUGCUGGGAAGAUACUGGAGAACAACAAAACCCUAUCAGAAUGCAAAAGCCCGAUUUGCGACUUCUCUGGGAUGACAACGAUGCAUGUCAUCGUCCGUGCACCGACUUCAAGCAAACAGUCUGAUAAAAGAGCAGAAAAGAAAGCGAAAGAUUUCAGGUGUGGUUGUGCCAUUAUGUGA